AUGACCUUAUGGAAAGUGCCGCAAUCGAAGAUCUUAGCUGUCUGCGAUUUCAAAGUUCGAACCCUCCUUGAAACGGAGCUGAUUCGUUCUUGUACUUUGAAUCGUUUGGAGGACACAGUGAGAGGGAUAUCAGCGGCUCAGCGGGAUCUUAGAAGGAACCAUCCGGAGGGUAUGGAUCUUGGGACAGCUUCAGAGAAAGCUGAAGUGGGAGGACAGCCGUUGACAAAAAGAUUUCCCUACGCGGGCACACAUUGUGACUUCGCUGGUCACGGGGAAAAACUGGGCCAAAAAAUGUUGCAACAGAUACUAGACGAGAUGUGGAUAGACCCCGACUUACUUGCUGAGUUGGAUGAAACACAGAAACAGACACUGUUCUGCAAGAUGCGGGAAGAACAGGUCAGGAGAUGGAAAAUGUGGGACUCGACUAACCCAUCUCUACCCACAGAAAAUGACAAUAAUAAAAAGUAUAAAAGGAAGGUUGACUUCCUGAUAGGAGAGGAUGGAGAGCCUUGGACUUGGGUAAUGGGAGAGCAUCCUAAUGACAAGAGUAUUGAGCAGAUCCUUGAAGAGGAGGCUCGGGAAGCAGCUAGGAAGCUGGCCGAAAAAGAGACACAAUCUUUGAGGUUGAGUGUUGUCGAGGCAGAAUUAACUGAACUAUUGGAAUUGAACAAGAAGCAACUAGAGGAAAUAGAGACUCGGAAGCAGAUGUUAGACUCUGCAGAAGAUAUCUACUGUUCUGCUGAUGAAUUAAGAAUAGCUGCUGAAACUUCAUUUUUUACUAAAAGGGAUGCCCUUCAAGAAAUCACAUUCAACAAACAACAAAAUGUAUCUCAAAGAGUAGCCCAAUGGGAAAAGAGAUUGAUGGAUGAAAGAACAUCAGAACAUUUCAAAAGAAUACAAAGGAAAAAACAAGAAGCUGUUAAAGAAGCAGAAGAAGCUGAAAAUAAACAUGAACAAUUCUGGAGAGAGCAACAAGCAGAACAGCAGAUUAGGGAAAUAGCCCGAAGAGCUAGGGAAGAACACAGGAGAUCUAUCCUGGAAUCCGAACCUAUGCCUCAAGGAAAUCAAAACUUGCCAGGACUGGGUAAAGAAAGAACUGGUGUUUCCAAACCUCCUAAUAAAGACGCUAUUGUAGAAUGGUUCAGGUCUAGCCAAGCUAAUAGACGAGCCGGUUUAGAACCUAAUACAAAUGCCAUAGCACCUUGGUUUCAUGGACUGAUAACAAGACAGGAGGCUGAAAGUCUUCUCCAGGUGCAACCUGUAGGUAGCUUCCUCGUGAGGGUCUCUGAAAGAAUAUGGGGCUAUGCCAUCAGUUAUAGAGAUACUGAUCGGUGUAAGCACUACCUCAUAGAUGCCAGCAAUGGAACUUACCAGUUCUUAGGAAAUAAUCAGAAAUCGCACAACACUUUAGGAGAUUUAGUUCGAUACCACGGCCUGAAGCCAAUCACUGCUGAUGGUGGGGAAUUACUGGACAGGCCUUGUCACAGAUCCAAGCCGCUGCCACCCGCCUUCCAGCCAAUGUCAAUAAGAGCAAGGUGAAGCAGCUCUAUUUUUGUUGGUGCACCUGCGCUCUCAAUAUCAGCUUUAAUAUUUAACAGACUUAAGAACCAUCUCAUUGGAAGAGCCCAUAUCUUUUUAAAAACGAUUUUAUCUUAAUUUCUGAAUUAGAUUUUUAGACAUUUGCAUUCUAAAUUUUAAGCAUUGCAUCAAAUAAUAAAUUUGUUUUUGAGUUUUAAACCCUUAAGAAGUUAUUCCUCAGUUAUAUAUUUAACUGUUUAGGUGAUAAAUUAAGCUUUGAAGGCAGGCCUUUUGAAUGGAAAUCAAGUUUAUAUAUAUAUAUGAGACUUUAGUUAAAAUCUCAAGCCACUAUAAAUUUUAUAACUUUAUUUAAUGAAUUUUAACUAUUACCAAGGUUAUUAAAUCUUUGGAAUAGGAUCUUACCAAGUACCGUAUUAUAAAUUAAUAAGUUUUAAAUCAUCAUUAUCAUCAUCAAACAGCAUAAUUCAUUACUGUGUCCUGUCUUUUUCAAUAAAUUUAUAGCAGUUUUCAUUUUACUUACUUUAGUAUGAAAUGAAACAGUAUAGAUGUUAUGUAUUGAUUUGUUUAGUUAAUAUUUCCUCACAAGAGAAAAACUUAAAUCUAAAAGUAAAUCUAUUUCUAGAAGACAUUUUAUACAGCAUUGCAAGUUUUAAACAUUUAAUUUUUUUGGUAAUAAUGCAAAGCCUUUAAAUGAAGGAAAUUAACAGUUUAUUGAGUACGUGAUAACUGCUGAAUGUAGUUUUUAAACCUUGGAGAUUUGGUGUGUCCAAUUUUGAAAUGAAUAAUUAGCAAUGCAGUUCCUAACAAUAUGAAUUAGCCUAGUAGCACUCAUAAAUUCUAGUUUGACUGUAAUUUUUAACUAAUUUACUAAAAAAUAAUUUUUGUGGCAUUUAUUUAUUUUAUAAUUGGAUUUUCCAAAACUAAAAUUUCAUAUAAUACGAUCAAAUUUUAAAUUUUAAUCAUUUAGAAUUUUAAAAAUUAAAAUUAAAAAGUUCUGCUUACUUUAUCAAUAUCAUUAAUAAAUGAUGUUGAUUUUACAAAUAUAUUAUUUACAAAAUCCAUUCGUUCUUUUUCAUUGGCCUCACCAUUUGCAAAUGUCUAAUUAUUUAUUUUAAGGUCGAUUGUCUUAGUUUAAAAAAAUUAUGUGUUAAAUUUGAUCAAAACAUUUCUAUUAUUGGUGAACUUUUUCGAUGCUGAAAAUUCAUCAACAUUCGAAGACAUUUUAACUAAUUAGUAUUUAAAAUUUGAUUCUGAUUGUUUUGGGCAUUUAUAUUUUUCUCUUGGCCAUAUUUAUGUAUUGAUAUUUUUAAGAAGUGUGUUUGUAAGUUUGAUUAAGGAAUGCUUAUCCCCAGAAUUACUAGUAAUUCUUUCACGGUGUAGACGUAAUGAAACUAUUUUUCUUAAGGGCCCAAUGCUUUGUGAUAUUAUUGAAUGUUUUCCCCAUUGAUUUGGGAUUAUCAUUUAUUAGAAUGUUUUAGUGUUUUCCCAUUUCGUUAGAUUCUUUAUUUAGGACAAAAUAAAAUAAUUCUAUGAAAUUAUUUCUCAAUCAUUAAGUUAUAAUUUGGUAAUGAGUCUGCAGAUGUAAGAAAUUGUAUUUAUUUUUUAAUGAUUGCCAAAAGAGAUGAAUUUGUUAUAAAAUCAUCACCAACUCGCUAUUGUUUAAAAGUGGCUUGGUUUAAUUUCGUAUUUUGAUGUAUUAUAGCAAUUUAUUUUUCUUACAUUUAAGUUUAUUUAUUGUUUGAAUUUAAAAUAUUCUAUGUACUAGAAAUAAAUUUAAGUAACGUACAUUGAAAUAUUUUGUAGCUAAAGAGUUCUUUUUGGCAGUAGGAUAGCAAUAUACACAUAUUAUUUGACAUAAUGAUGUCUACUGUAUACUGUUUUUAAUAAAAUAUUUUAUAUUAUUCUUAA